AUGGAAGUCAUGUUGAAUGUGAAACGUAUCGUAUCGAAAGUCAUAACGCAGAAUUGGCGAGUACUGAGAACUAGGGCGAGCAAAGUGUGCGAAGCGCGAACUGAAAGCGAGUCGUCUGCCCCAGGAGCGAGCUGGGCGAGCGCGAGCGCGUGCGCGGGCGACGCGGCGGGCUUCCCCGGCCUCGCUAACGGUGAGCCCGGCAAGCCCGCGUGCCCCGAGUGCGGCAAGCUCUACAGCAACAAUAGCAACCUCAAGCAGCACAUCCUCAACGUGCACGCCGCGCGCGACCUCUCCCACUCCUGCCCGGUCUGCGGCAAGGGCUUCAAGACCCGCCAGUACAUGCAGAUACACAUGAACUCCAUACACGGCGUCAAACAGAGGAGGCGCGACCCCGCCUCGUCCACCCCUUGCGCCCCGUCCGCGGAACUAGACCGAUACACUCACAGUAGCGCU